ACAGCACCCCCAGGUCUGUUUUUCCUCCGGCUACCGCCUGGGAUUUCUUAGCCCCUAAUUGUUUAUUCUUGUUAACACCAACUACAUGGGGCCCUGCUGCCCUCCUCACUUCCUCCCCCAGGUGUCCCCUGCAUCACUGAAGGCCCUGUUCACCCCCGCCCCCCCCCGGUGCUGUGUACACCUCCGAGGCCUCAGCAGCACUUGGCCUGUGACCCACUCCCUUCCGUGACAGCCUCCUGUUGCCUCUAUGACACUGUCCUACUCCUCCACCUCCCUGGUCAUUGCGUGGGCCCCGUGACUUGUCCUUACCCGUCCCCACCCGUCCCCUGCCCCAGCAAGGGCCACCUCGCCGGGCCCACUGCUCCAAGGUCAGAGCUUCCUCCCCUCUGCCCAGUGCUAUCACGUCACAUGUCCAAAAGUGAACACCUUCUCCUCCCUCAUCCCCGCUCCUGACACGCGGCAUCCUCACCUCCAGCAACCCCGUCCUGUCCCUGUGCCCGGUGGCCCAGGCGUCAGCAAGACGGCUGGUUCCUGCGUUAGAGCACUUUCAAUAAGGACAGAUGGAGUUUCUCGUAUAACCUUCACCGGCGCCCUACAAGAGAAGCGCGAUAAUGGCGCCCCCAUCUACCCAGUUACCCAAAGCAAAAUCCCGGCGUCGCCCGCAGUCCCCUCCCUGGCGGCCUCGGGGCCCAGCUCCGAGCCGGAGUCCCCCCAUCAGACCUAGGGGGCAGGAGUGGGCGGGGCUUGAGGCUUGCCCGCAAGGAGGGAGAGAAAGCUUCUGGGGCGGCCCCUGAGCCCUGGUUCAGGAUUGGACAGCCCGGCCGGGAAGGGGCGGCCUUCCCUCCCGGAAGGGGCGUGGCUCUUCAGAGGCGGCAAAUUGCAAGGAGACGCCGCCGCCUUCAUGCUGCCGGCGGACUGCUCGCGCCGGCUGGUGGCCGAGCUGCAGGGCGCCCUGGACGCCUGCGCACAGCGACAAUUGCGAUUGGAGCAGAGCCUGCGCGUUUGCCGUCGGCUGCUGCAGGCCUGGGAACCAACUGGGACCUGGGCUUUGAAGCCACCUCCAGGGCCAGAAACUAAUGAAGAAGACCCCCUUCCAGCGUGCACACCCAGUCCACAAGACUUAAAAGAGUUGGAGUUUCUGACCCAGGCACUGGAGAAGGCUGUACGGGUUCGAAGAGGUAUCACUAAGGCUGGAGAAAGAGACAAGGCCCCCAGCCUGAAAUCGAGGUCCAUUGUCACCUCUCCUGGCACGACAGCCUCCGCCCCACCCCAGUCCCGAGGCCAAGCUGGCCAAGCUGGUGGCCAUGCUUCAGACACGAGACCCACCAAGGGCCUCCGCCAAACCGCGGUGCCUGCCAAGGGCCACGCUGAGCGCCGGCUGCUGUCAGUGGGGGAUAGGACCCGUGUCGGGAUGGGAGCCCGAGCCCCCAGGCCUGGGGCGGGCCUCAGGGACCAGCAAAUGGCCCCAUCGGCUGCUCCUCAGGCCCCAGAAGCCUUCACACUCAAGGAGAAGGGGCACCUGCUGCGGCUGCCUGCGGCAUUCAGGAAAGCAGCUUCCCAGAACUCGAGGCCCAUCUCACCGGCUGGAAUAACCAUGUUCCUCUGUGGUUCCUGGGGCACCCCAUGUGUGCACCCCAGCCUGUGGGCCCAGCUCGGUUCCACACAGACCAGUGAUUCCAUGGAUGCCACUGCUGCCAAAACCCAGUUCCUCCAGAACAUGCAGACAGCUUCAGGCGUACCCCAGCCCAGGCUCAGUGCUGCGGAGGUGGAGGCGGAGGCGGGGCGCCUGCGGAAGGCCUGCUCGCUGCUGAGACUGCGCAUGAGGGAGGAGCUCUCGGCAGCCCCCAUGGACUGGAUGCAGGAGUACCGCUGCCUGCUCACGCUGGAGGGGCUUCAGGCCAUGGUGGGCCAGUGUCUGCACAGGCUGCAGGAACUGCGUGCAGUUUUAAGAGUGAAGAUACAUCAUUUGUCAAAAGGAAAACCAAUCUCACAAAAGUCGUGCAUAAACACAGUAAAGAAAUUGGGCAGGCAGAGGGCCGCCCCACAGAGGACUCCCUGCCAGCAAGUCCAGGCCCGAGACGCACCAUCUUGCAUGGGGCUGUCCUGAAAGCCCACCUUUCCCCUAAAGGCAGGGCGGGUGGUGCAGAUGCGGGAGAGCCAGGCACACAGGAAGAGCGGGGCCCCGGGUUCGGCUGCUACCCCAAAGGCCACAUUGUCCUGUGCACACAGCGGUGGUGGUACAGCCACCAAGACCGUGUCCUGUGGAGGGACCCCCCAGAGCCUCGCCGUCCUGUGGGGGUGGAACGGAGCCUGCAUGGAGCCCCCAGCUGCUUGUCUACUCCAGCACCCAGGAGCUGCAGACCCUGGCGGCCCUCCAGCUGCGAGUGGCUAUGCUGGACCAGCAGAUUCACUUGGAAAAGGUGCUUCUGGAAGAGGAGGUGGGGGUGCAACAGAGGUCCGCAGCCUUGAGGACCCGUGGGUAGGGGCUUGACUGCUCCACCCCCCAGGACCCAGGAGGAUGGGGGCAAGCCUGGGGUCUGUGUGUGUGGGUUGGGAAGUGCACAGGUCAGGCUGGGCUGGGAUAGCAGGACGGAGCCUGGAGCCUCAGGAGGGAGGGCUGAAGCAUGGGGGCCUCGAAGCCUGUCCCAGGAUUGCCCCCUGCCUAGGUGCCCCUGAGACCUUGGCCCUGCCCUGCCCCCAGGUCCUGAUGGCUGAACUCCUCCCCCUGGUAAGCACUGCACAGCCGCAGGGGCCGCCUUGGCUGGCCCUGUGCCGGGCUGCGCACAGCCUGCUCUGCGAGGGGGGAGCACGUGUCCUCACCAUCCUGCGGGACGAACCUGCGGUGUGAGCUUUUCCCAUGCUGCCCUCAGCCCUGUUCAGAUGGGGAUUGGGGGUGUCUUCCCUGGCACUGUGCUCGGGGACCCAGAGAUGCCUGUGCUUUCCUGGGAAACCUGGUGAACUGGACCAGGUGGCCUCACUGGCUCUUCUCAGGACAACUAAGCCUGCUGGUCAGGGCUGGCUUUCAGCCUUCCCAAGGCUCCUGGACUCCAGAGGCCAGCGGGGAGCCUUUCCUGGCUCCCUCUGUUUUCUCUCACUGUAAACCAAAGAGCUGCUUGUGUGAUAUUAAAGCCACUUUAGAAAGCA